AUGACGAGUGACGACGCCACUGCGAGGCGGCUUCUGCCCCAGAGCUCGCAGAUGAGCUCCUUCUCUUUCACCCCUCCGGCCACGUUCCAGCAACCAAGAGAGACACAACAGCGAAAUUAUGUCUUCGUUGACGAGCACAAUCGCCACAAGAGGUUAAAAGGUAAGGUCGCAACAUGGCCGUUGCGCCGUGAGCAUUACUCAACAGUACCAGUAAAUUCUGGUGCCUCUAAUGCUGCCCUCUAUGCUCGAGUGCCGUACGGGGAAUCUGCUUCUACUCUUCAAUACACGACUGUGCCGCCGUCAAUGCCCAGUGUGGAAACAGUGUACACAGGCCAGCAAAACGUAUUUCCCACUCCACCAAUGCAGCAUAGCUCUCACACCGAGUCACCUCCCGAUUCUGCAUAUAUCACCGAUGAGCAGGCUGCGUAUGGCAAUGCAGAUCUAGCCGAUCUUCUAGGCAGCUUGCGUAUGAACGAGGCCGGGACAGCACCAUACUUGAACAACCGCAUACUAGCAAGCAAACGAGACAACGAGACGCCUUUGGCUGACGAUGACGAUGAUUACAAAAGCUCACUGCCUCCGCUAGUGGCUGGCCCCGGCCUCAAGAUCCGGAUUCCUCCCGAACUUAUGCCUGACGAUGAAACUGCACAGCAUUACUUUGAUCUCUACUUUGAAAAUGUUCAUCCCUUCGUUCCUGUCUUGGAUAAGGCCGCAUUCUACCAACAAUGGCACACGGACAGGGAAUCUAUAUCCCCGCUCCUCAUUGAGGCUCUCCUGUCCAUUGGAGGACAUGCUGAUUCGUUUAUGGAUGUUCCACGAUUGAGCACGCUGCAAGCUCUCCUCGUCAUGCUGAAAGCACGCGAAGCUGCCCCCAAACGCGGCUACUACUACCGGUCGUGGAUGGCCAUUGUCCAGUGUGUGCAGAUGGCUAAAGAUCUUGGACUUGACGAGCAUUAUGCCGACCAUGAAGCCGGCCAUCCAUGCGGUUCAAGCCCCUCUGAGUGUCUUAUGAAAACUCGCAUCUGGCAGACAACCUUUAUCUGCGAGGUUAUGAUCGGGUCACCCCAAGGCCGGACGGACCUUACUGUGACAGUAGACUCGGUAGAUUUGCGAGAACCGCCACAUUUACAAGGCGUGGACGAGGCGGAGAUACUGAUAUCUCGAAACUUCGUCUACUUUGUCCGUGUCGUCUCGUACAUUUCCCGGAUGAACAGAGUAUACGCACGAAUCAAGAGGAGCAAAGACUGGGGUGCCAAUCCAGAGUUCACGAAGCUCAACCCCCUACUUCAUGCCUGGCCCAGCGAGCUGCCAGGCGACAUGGCGCUGUCGUUCCCGUCAGACGGCUCACCACCUUGGCUGCCUUCGUGCUUUGUUGGCAACGUGCACUCAUACUACUACCUCAGCAGUUUACUACUUCACAGGCCGCAGCUGCAAGUGCUCGACCCGUCGUCUCCCGAUGGGCGCUGGAAGCACCACAUGAUGGUCUGUUACUCGUCAGCGAAGCUUCUGUGUCGGUUGGAAGAAGCUAUUCUGCAGACAUUCGGCCUGGACGGUCUUCGGAACAUGCAACGCGGGGUCAACUUCACUAUAUAUGCAAUUUUGACGUGCAUUGUGAUUCAUCUGUGCCUCCCGCCGACAGGCUACAUGGGAAAUGCCAUAUCGCCCCCAAUAUCGGCAUCCGCAACCGACGUCAAGGGUCUAGUGACGCCUCUGUCUGGUCAAUCACUGGCUAUGAUGGCGUCGGCAGCAGAAGGAUCUGGAUUACCGGAUACGCUCUCCAGUCUGGCGCCUGGAUGGAAUCCGUCUAGAAUUUUUGAUCAGUGGAAUUCGACAUUUGGUACGCAACAAUCUACUCAGCUCAGUUCCGCUACCUCGCAGGCCAGUACUCUAAGUGUCCCUUCGUCUUCAGGUUCCGUCGAGAUCCCGACUCUCCAGGACAUCCAAACCGUGCAUGCUAGCCUUCCCCAUGAGCUGCACCCCGUACAGGGUUCUGCAACAUACGCUGCACCCAUCCAAGCACAACAUACAUUUGUCACCCCGGCCAUGUGGCAAGAAUCCGUGGCCAGUGUGUACGAAGGGGGCAUCAAGCGUUCCUGGGAUUAUGCCAGUGACUCGAUGCCGAUGUUGAAACGCUGA